CCCUGUUCUUCACGGCUCCAGGAAAUGUUCUUCACUGCUGCUUCACAUCUGUCUGCUGCCUCUCAGUGUACAGCACAGCAGACCUGAGGACAGACACCUUCAUAAUAACCCGAUCACCAGCCCUCUGCCACACUUUGUUGCAGUGUUUUUUUUUUUUGUUUGUUUGUUUUUUUUGUAGGCACAGAGGGCGUGACUGACAGCGCCAAACCUUCCAGUUUAUCUAAUUUGACGCUGGGAAUUAAAACGAGCUGUUUGUUUCUGACGUUGGUGUCUCUCACUUGGUGAAAUGUCCAGGUCAGACUACCCUCCACGGUACGACGACUGCCACGGCCCGCUGUAUGGGCCUCAGGGCGGGAAUUACCCACCACCCCCUUCAUAUGGCUUCCCUGCCUACGGUGGUCCCCAGCCCUCUGCUCCCUACCCCACUGGUCCAAAUGCCCCUCUGUAUCCAGGCCAGCCAGCAGGCUAUCCUCCUGGUCCGUACCAAGGACACCCUCAACCUGGUGGACCUCCAGGAGGUGGCUACCCUAAUCCCCCUCCCAUGCCCCCAGUCAUGCCACCCACCAUACCAUCGGAUGUCCUGAGCUCUGGCGAUGGGUUUGCAGCAAGCGGCAGCGGUUGGGACAGUUUGAGCAUUCGGCAUGCCUUCAUCAGAAAGGUGUAUUUGAUUUUGGCAUCUCAGCUCCUUGUCACCACGGGCAUCGUGGCCGUAUUCACAUUUGUCCAACCUGUCCGAACCUUUGUGCAGAGAAACCAAGCUAUCUACUGGGCAUCAUAUGGUGUGUACAUCGUCACCCACUUGGUGCUGGUGUGCUGCAAGGGCCCCCGGAGGAAGUUCCCAUGGAACGUCAUUCUGCUGUCCAUCUUUACUUUGGCUCUGUCUUACAUGACUGGAUCCAUUUCCAGCUAUUAUAACACAAAAGCAGUGUUUUUGGCUCUGGGGAUCACUGCCGUCGUCUGCAUCGCCGUCACAGUCUUCUGCUUCCAGACAAAGGUGGACUUCACUAAAUGCCAGGGCCUUUUCUGUGUUCUUGGGAUCGUAAUAUUUGUGACUGGCAUCAUUACAACCAUUGUGCUGUCCUUCAAAUAUAUUCUGUGGCUUCACAUGCUUUAUGCUGCUUUGGGUGCCAUUGUCUUCACUAUGUUCUUGGCAUACCACACGCAGCUGCUGAUAGGAAACAGGAAGCACUCCAUCAGUCCAGAGGAGUACGUGUUCGCCGCACUCUCCAUCUACGUCGACAUCGUCCAGAUCUUCCUUUUCCUACUGCAAAUUAUCGGCGCUUCUACCAAAUAGUCCCACCAAACUGGGUCAAAAACAUACCGUGCUUUUUAAAACCUUUUGCUUUGUUUUCAGUCAGAAUCAUUUAUAAAAUCAUGAUACACUCCAGGGAAGGGCUGAAUUUGAGGUUUAGUCAUAGUAUAGGUUAAUCCUAUGCACAUAAAUGCACUUUUUCUGGAAUCAAUGUUUGUCUUUAAGUAACUUGUCUUUAAAAAUAUUAAUACAGUAUAAAAACUGCAAAUAUCUAUAGACACUGGAAUGCCAGCUGCAACAUUUACUCACUCCUGCUGGAUUUACGUUAGGGCAGACAGUGUCGGAGCAUUUUUCUCUGCAUGUAGAUGUAGAUUACAUGAACUUUGGUCACAUCUCUAUGAACAUUAAGGAGGUUUUUGUUGUAAUAUCUGCCAACAGACAGACCCAGACUCUGGUUGGCUUUGAAGUACAGUGAGUGUGGGCAGUACAUGUGUCAUGAUUUGUGAUGUGAAUCAUUAACAUUAGUCACUAUCAUUAGUCUGUUUCUAAAUUUAUUACAACUCAAUCAUUUUUCAAAUAUUAGGCGUUUUUCUAUGAAUCACUGAAGUGCUUUAAGAAAUACUUUUGGAAGAUGGACAUCUUUGGAUUCUUGUUGAGGGGAUUGAUACCAUUCUCAUGCUGAUCCAGUACAUAUAAGACUACAGACGCUUAGCUUAGUUUAGCAUAAAAACUGGAAACGGGAAACCAGCGAGCCUGGCUCCGUCUCUCUUUGUCUUGGCCUCGAGCAGUAACUUCCUGAAGUCUGCUCUGUAAGCUGUCAUCUUUAGACUUAUGCACAGAUUAAACAAAUAAGGUUUAACAUGUUCAUUUUAAGUUGCUGGUAGGAGGAUUUUGUUACCUUUGGACAGAGCCAGGUAACGGUUUCCUAAUCUCUCUGGUCUUAAUGCUAAACAAAGCUAACCAGCUGCUCGCUCACUGCAACUAUACUCACUGUCCAGAUGGAUCACCUCAUCGAACUCUAUUGUUUUAAUUAUCUGCAUGUUAAAGGGAAAAAUGAUGUAAUGGUAAAAAGAAAUGUUUGCACUAACAAGUGUUCAUGUGUCUAAAUCAUGAUGUAACAUGAUGAAACAUGUGGUACUGAUCCUGAUGACAUUAGUAUGGAUACUACUUAGUAUUGGCAGUAUUGAUACUCUGCCCAGCCCUGAAAUCCAGCCCAGUGUCAUGGUCUCAUCAAACCUUUGCUGAUGGUCGUAAAUACACGUGUUGCUAUAUUCUAACUGUAUUCACUCUGCAUCACUACAGUGCCUUCACAAUGUUCCUGAUAUUAGAUUUUUUUUACUUUGAGAAGUACAUGUACAGUACUCCAAAAGUUUUUUUUAUAGUAUUGUUACAUACAUGCCUGUUUAUAUAUAUAUUCUUGUGUUACUGUCAAAUUUGGGUUAGACACUGACUGAGUGCCAGCAGGGUGGGACUGUCCAUACAGGACAACACCACAAAUGCCACAGUGUUGAAUUAUUGGAACGUUCCCGGCAGUCAUUGUGUUUCAGCUAAUGUGGAACGUUCUUGAGAUGAUUAACCCCACCCAGCUGGUUCUCCACACAUGUAUGGACCCAAACAAAGUUAUAACCCUUGAGUCAAAACAACUACGGCAAACAUUUUGAAUGUGUAGUACAGAUAGUCAGUGUGCAGUUUGUAAAUAUGCAUAUCAGUAAUGAGGAAAGCUGUUUCAUAUCAAAUAAAGAUUUGUAUUUGUGAA